AUGGUGCGCGCCUCCCCUCGGCCUCUGGCUAACACAAUUGUCUUUGGCUCCGCCACCUUUGCCGGCGCCGGCGCCGUCGCGCUGCUCGGCUCGUGCUUCUCAAAGACGCUUUCAAAGGACCGCGGCUUGACCAACCUGCUCAUAAUCACGGCCACCGUCUGCUGCUGGCUCAUGUGGCUCAUCACCUACAUGAUGCAGCUACACCCGCUCGUCAAGCCGAUCCCGAUGAAGGAGGAGUAG